CCGGAAGUGGUCUUCGGGGUCGCCUCCAACCAAUGCGCCGGGCGGGCGCGCCGGGCCUGGGGAAGGGGCGGGCGCGGGAACCUGAAUGUGGGGGAGCGGAGGCCGAGAUGGCUUCUGCAGGAGGCGACGACUGUCAGGGCGCCGCGCCAGAGGUCGACCGUCCGCACCAACGGCCCUUUCUGAUUGGGGUGAGCGGCGGCACUGCCAGCGGGAAGUCGACAGUGUGUGAGAAGAUCAUGGAGCUGCUGGGGCAGAAUGAGGUGGAGCAGCGGCAGCGGAAGGUGGUUAUCCUGAGCCAGGACAGGUUCUACAAGGUCCUGACGGCAGAACAGAAGGCCAAGGCUUUGAAGGCACAGUACAAUUUCGACCACCCAGAUGCCUUUGAUAAUGAUUUGAUGCACAGGACUCUAAAGAACAUUGUGGAGGGCAAAACUGUGGAGGUGCCGACCUAUGAUUUUGUGACACACUCAAGGUUACCGGAGACCACGGUGGUGUACCCCGCGGACGUGGUGCUGUUUGAGGGCAUCUUGGUGUUCUACAGCCAGGAGAUCCGGGACAUGUUCCACCUGCGCCUCUUCGUGGACACCGACUCCGACGUCAGGCUGUCUCGAAGAGUUCUCCGGGACGUGCGCCGAGGGAGGGACCUGGAGCAGAUUCUGACGCAGUACACCACCUUUGUGAAGCCAGCCUUCGAGGAGUUCUGCCUGCCGACAAAGAAGUAUGCCGACGUGAUCAUCCCGAGAGGAGUGGACAAUAUGGUUGCCAUCAACCUGAUCGUGCAGCACAUCCAGGACAUUCUGAAUGGUGACAUCUGCAAAUGGCACCGAGGAGGGUCCAACGGGCGGAGCUACAAGAGGACCUUUUCUGAGCCAGGGGACCAGCCUGGGAUGCUGACCUCUGGCAAACGGUCGCACUUGGAGUCUAGCAGCAGACCCCACUGAGGGGCUGCCGUGCUGCCCUGAGCCUUGGGGACAGGUCUCCCACCCCGCAUGUGUGUUCAGGGACCGAGCCAGGGGAUGCCCACCCACACACACUGCUUCCACCCCAGGGUGGCGUUAGGAGCGGGGCCUUCGUCACUUAGGAACGGAAAUGGGUGUGUCCCUCAGCCUCAACUUGCUGGGACACCGACGCGUUCCUGCAGUUCCCAGCCGCUUCCUCAGGCUCCCUGUGGUUUAAAGCUCUCUCUCUAGGCCACCGAGAAAUUACACAGAAUGUGCGGGAACCUUGGGAGGCUUCUGGAGGAAUGUGAGGCACAUAUUAUUGGGGAGAUUGAGGAAACAGCUUGGAUACUAUGGCUGGCCUGGUGUUUUUUUGACAGUGAAUCCACACAGAGAUUUUUUUUCCAGUCUGAUCUAGUUCUUACACACUCUCACAACUCAGAAGUUUUGUGAGCAUAUGCGUUCCGUUUUUGUUACACAUCCUCAUGUUUUGCUUUGUUGUUUUUGUAACACAGGCUGGUGGUGGCCUACAAACUGAAUUUCAUGACCCACCAGCGGUUUGCAGUCCAGCGUGGCCUACACGGAUGUGGGGAGCCUCAGAGGGAUGUUUUCCCCCCUUGCCUGUGCCUUAAAGGCAGAGAAGCAAGGCGGGCGUCCUGGGAGCACCCAGCAGCACACACAGGCUCUCGUGUGGGGUCAGGCUGGGAGCCCGUGCAGCAGGGUAGACAGCAGUGGAGGCCAGGUCUGUCCCUGCUGGCAGGACAGUGUCCAUGUGUAGUCUUGCCUGGGGUUGGGCCCUCACUGAUCCUCACAGGAGCCCCCAAGCCCAAGGUGCUGUCUAGACAGGCUGUCCCACCCCAGGGUGGCUGGUGGCCAGGUCCAGGGAGUGGUGCCUCUGGCUGCAGCAUACACUGGAUCACCCAGGUGCCAGCAGACGUGACUGUCCGAAGCCAAUCAGUCUCCUUUGUGCCAUGUGGAGCUUGUGACCUCACGUGAGCACCCGUGUCUGUGUUCCCUGGUUCUCCCUCUUGCGUGGUGGCUGCCGCUCUGUCAAGUGUCCCCUAUCGCUGCCACAGGCAGUCCCAGCCCCCUUCUGUCCAGGCUGAGCCACAGUAGUGACGCAGAUGUGCUGUGGUGAACUGAGCUGAGCCCCGUAGCUGUAACGGUUUUGUUGAGUGUAGGCUCCUUUGGAGGAGGAAUCAAUAAACAACACCAACUACAAA